AUGCGCGCCGGUAUCGUUUCAGCCUUUCUGGCUGCCAGCGGUGCGGCUGCCACGUUCGACAGGCUGCCUGAGCACCUCAGGGAGCACGUCAACAAGCACGCCCAGGUCCAGGCCCAGGAGCAGGAUGGCAAGAAGGUCGAGGAGCAAGACCCCAAGCCCCAGAACCACAAGAUCUGGUUCCCCGACGCGCCGGAAAACCAUGGCGGUCAUUGGGACCUCUGCCGCAAUCCCAACCAUUGCGACCCCAAGGACCCCAGGGACUCUCUGGGUGGCGUCAGCUUCAAGGAGACCGAGGAGGACCUCGUCUUUGACUUUGCUCGCAAGAACACCAGCGAGGAGGUCCGCUUCGAGGAGGUUGAAAUCUUUAUGAGCGGCAACACGCGUAACUUUGACAACAGCCACCGCUUCGGUACCCACCGCAACCAGUGUGGUCCCCAGGACGACAGCUUCCGUUGUCGCUUCCCCUUUGAGGAGGUUGUCGAGGGCGGCCGCCAGGGUCUGUGCCCCAACAGCCAGAACGAGAGCUUUAUCUUCUACGUCAAGAUCAGGUCCGUCGUCAAGGUCAAGGAGGAGCGCAUUGAGCUCUUCAAUAAGGCCAUCCGCCCCAAGCAGACGCAGAUUGGUAACAGCCGCCACCAUGGCCGCGCCGCCAUCACCAAGGGCACCAAGGGCACCAAGGGGACCGGUCCCAACGACCACGGCUUCGCCCUGGACGACCACUUCAAGAUCGGCUACCAGUGCUGCGAGACCAAGUGUGACCGUUACGAGAAGGAGGCCGACUUCCACGCCGACUACAAGCACGGCGAGGACAGCAAUGGCCUGGACAUUGACGAGCAGAAGGCCAAGCUCGGCGCCCUGAAGGAGGGCAAGCACCACCACCACGACCACGCCGCCCGCGAUGUCGAGGAGGCUGAGCACUGCUUCGACAACGACAAGGACGAGACCUGCUGCUGCAAGACCUGCAAGCCCGACGAGCCCAAGUGCGAGCCCAAGUGCGUGUGCAAGCCUGUCGUCAAGCAGGAGUGCAAGCCCGUGGUCAAGCAGGAGUGCGAGAUCAAGUGCGUGCCCAAGUGCGAGCAGGAAUGCAAACACAAGUGCGAGUGCAAGGAAAACGACCACGAGUGCAAGCACAAGUGCGAUGACAGCUGCAAGCACGAGUGCGGUCACGAGUGCAAGCAUGAGUGCGGCCAUGAGUGCAAACACUCGUGCAAGCACAGCCACAAGUGCAAGCACGGCUGCAAGCACAAGCACGGCCACAAGUGUAAGCACGCCCACCAGCACGGUCACCAGCACAAGCACGGCCACAAGCGCGCCGCUGGCGCCGAGGCCGGUGUCGAGGCCGGUGCCAAGGCCGGCGCCGAGGCCGGCACCGAGGCCAGCCCGGAGAAGCCCGAGGACUACAACUUCUCUGUCGACGACCACUUCAACGUCGGCUACCAGUGCUGCGAGUCCAAGUGCGAGUGCUAUGAGAAGGAGGCCGACUUCCACGCCGACUACAAGCACAACGAGGACAGCAAUGGCCUGGACAUUGACGAGCAGAAGGCCAAGCUCGCCGAGCUCAAGGAGAAGCACGCCAAGAAUGGCGAGAAGAAGGGGACCGGCGAGAAGAAGGAGAAGGACCUCGCCCCCCGCGGCGGCGAGGAGGAGGAGGAGGCCAAGCACUGCAGCCUCUGCCCUACCGGCAAGUGCUGGCGCAAGCCCCAGACGCCUCACCAGAAGCGCUCGUACAACCGCCCCGAGGAUUUCCAGUGUGAGGGCGCCUUUGUCAAGGCUUUUGGCCGUGGCCGCAACACUCACCGUUUCAACGAGCUGAGCCAAAGCAACCCCGAUGCCUGCAACGUCGAGGACGGUGUAUACCACCGCCACUCGCGCUCCGACCUCGAGGUCGCCGUCAAGGGCCCCAUCACCUACAACGAUCACGAGUUUGGCUUCUUCUCCAUCGCCCUCGAGAAGAAGCACGAGCACACCUAUCUAGCCGUCAAGGUCAAGGUCGAGGACGUUGACUUCUUCGUCGCCGAGAUUGCCGUCUUUGUCGACUGCGACGGUGGUGUCGACAACUACAAGAACGCCGACGCCAAGCACCCCUCGGUCUGCAAGCCCGACUCGUACCCCCACCGUCACGUCGAUGAGAAGGGCAUCGACCAGUUCAAGUUUGAGAUUGAGGACCGCUUCCGGUGCCACGGCGACUACUUCAUCGCCAUCUACGUCAAGGUCUGCGUCAAGGACGGUGACAACUGCCACUACCGCAAGCCCGCCCCUGAGACCAAGGAGCACCAGCGCAAGAACCCCUUCGCCAACAUCAACUACUAG